CUUCACUCAAAAUUCUCCAUAUAUUGUACUCAUCAAAUAUUUUGUUUAUUUGCCGAGAUACUGAUGCUGUACGAUGACACUUCUUCUUGGGGCAACUGGAGCAGGGAAAACACUACUGUUAAAAAGACUUGAAAUUGCCCCCCAUAUCAGCAAAAAUGGUACAGACCUUCAUUUUGAAGAAAUGCCUCCUACUAUACCAACGGUGGGCACAAACCUGGUGACAGUGAGUGUUGGUCGGAGACAGGAGAUCACAGUACGAGAGGUUGGAGGCUGUAUGGGACCCAUCUGGAAAAACUACCUCAAGGAUGCACAUAAUCUGCUGUAUGUUAUUGAUGUGGCCGACAGACUGCAGGUGGCUGCUAGCUGUGUGCAGCUGUUAUCAGUCCUGGCUGCAGAGUCCCUACCACUCAUACCUGUUCUCAUUGUUUUCAAUAAAAUUGACAUGCCAGACAGGAUGAGCCCAAGUGAGAUUGAGUCCCUGUUUCGUUUGAAAGACAUCGCACACUGCUGUGGUCGUAAAUUUGACACUGUAGAAGUCAGUUCCUGCUCCGGGAAAGGACUAGGGGAGAUAAUCUCCUGGAUGGAUAAAAACACAAUAGGGAAAUGAUGAGGGCUGGAGUUAGUUCCCUUGAUCUGCAGAAAUUAUGUUUUGCCAAAUGUGUUCAUGUCUGUGAUAUUUCAUCCAAAGAUCUGAGUUAAGUGUGUGUGCUCAUUUCUCAACCAUUGAAAUAACAUGAAUUCUGUAUAAAAAAUUCAAAACGACCUUAAUUACAACUACAAUUUCAUGA